AUGAUCAAAGAUAAAGAGCUAGCUACAGAGCCAACAACAGCCACCAUGGAUCAUCACCACGACAGCCAUGAGGAGGAUGCUGGCGAACCCAAGUCUCCCAAGAGAGAUACGACUAAAUUAUUGUCCAAAGUGAAAAAGCCAUCGUCGAAACGAAGCCUCAAACACAGUUCUGGUGCUUCUGUUUCUAGUGGAAAGAGCAGUAAGAGUAGUAAGAGUGGUAAGAGCAGCAAGAGUAGCAAGAGCAGUAAGACAAAACUUCCAAGCGAUGUCAAGAUCGUUAAGGAAGCAAAGAAACUUGCCAAGAAGUUCGACGUUGAAGAGAAGAGCUUCAAGGCCAUUGUCUCGCUCCUCUACAAACGCCUUAACCUCACUCAGGACGAUAAACCACGACUCAUGAAGAAGAAGAAAUUGAUUGUUUCCGCAAUGGAAGAAGAAAGAGCCUCUCAUUCCAAGACCCCGAAAGCUCCACUCGAAGAAAAGGAGGUUGAAGAGGAGAAGGAGGUUGAAGAGGAGAAGGAAGAAGAAGAGAAGGAGGAAGAAGAGAAGGAGGAAGAAGUGAAGGAACCGGAUUACCUUGAUCCAAAUUUUGAACCAAAGUCGUUUGAAGAGCACAGGGAAAUGGUGCUCGCCAGGGCCAGAAAGGAAGCUGAGGAGGAACAAGAACAUCAUCAAAAGCUCAUUGAAGUGGAACGGCUCAAAGCUCAAGCCGAAAUGGAAUUGCAAAAGGCCGAGACUCUAGCAAAACUAAGAAAGCAAAGACUAGAAAGAGAACAGAAAGAUCAAAUGAGAGAAAAGAUCAGACAAAAUUCGGUCGAAGAAGAUAACGAACAUUUCUUUGCUGGUGUCAACAGUAUGAAUGACCAGCUGAUGGCACGAGCAGAAGAAUACAAGGAAUCCUUGGAGGACCAAGCGCGCAAGGGAAUGAUCAUCUUGCGACCGCGAGACGACAUCGAGCAAGAGCAAGAACGGGCAAAGUCAUCGAAUCCCCAAUAG